GUGGCGCCAGAACUCGAACUCGGCCCUAAGAACCGCAUAGGCGCGUACCUGAAGACACUCGAAAAGCUAUCCGACGCGCUGCGGUUCUUCGAAGCGCACAAAUAUCUGGGCAGCUGCCGAUUGGAGCUGCGGCAGGGAAGAGCGCUGAUGGACGUUGCUGUGGGGCGACUCGGAGAGGAGUUUGGGGAGGUGCUGUGCGGUGGAAGCAUAAUUCCGGAUCGGGAAUAUCUGCUCCAAUCAGCCGCAGGCAAGAUGCCUGGUGAGGUGCUGCCGUCCGUGCCUCUGCUUCGGUCCGAGGCUGUGACGCAGCUUCGGCCCAUGGCUGCUUGGAUGCUGGACAAUGGAUAUGAGUCCGCGUGCCUCUCGCUCUACGAGCAGCACCGCUCGGCUGCUCUCCUGCAGUGCGUAACGCGACUCAGUGGUGGCAGCGCAGCAGCAUUGGGAUCCGACGAGGUGGCUGCGCUGGCAUGGGAAGAGCGAGAUCCCCUCUUGAAACUAUGGGUGCAUAACGUGCUGGUUCUGGUUGGUCCAGAGACAGAGCUGUUCCGGGCCAUUAUCGGGCAGAAUCAACCGUCUUCCAACAAGGCUCGAGCGCGGUGCCUUGCAGGCGUGGUGCUGCCCUCUCUGACGCUCCUGCACUCCUUUGCCUGCGUGGUAGCGGGGUUGUGUUGGGACCCACAGCACCUGUUCCCGCUGCUGCAUGUGGUGCAGGCUCUGCUGACGCUGAGACCAACGGUAGAGGAACAGUUCCCAGGGGAGGCAGGGCAGGAGGUGCGACGCCUCUUCCUCCUCAUCUGCUCCUCCCUCUGCACCGCCGUGCGUCGGACCAUCUCCGACUUCCAACUCAGAGUGCAUUUCAACCCCACACAACCCCUCACCACCCCUCCCUCCCCAGCAAAACAACCCCGCAACCUCCCCUCCUCCCUCUCCCGCUUCUCUUCCUCCUCCUCCACCUCCCUCAUCCCCCCCCCUCCUCUGUUUGAUCUCUCUCCGACGCGGGAAAGCCGGGAUGCUCUGAGUGCUCUUAAAGCCAGCCCGGAUGUGCUUCCUCUCACGAGCUACCUGGUCAACUUCGUCAUCCUCUGCUUGGACCCGUCUCUGUACCUGAGUACUCUUCUGCUGGUGUAUGGAGGGGAGGAGGGGAACGAGGAGGUGGGAGUGGCACGGGUGGGGGCAGCACGGGUGGGGGUGGCAUCACAGCUGCUGCUGGCGGCUCUGAAGCCGAAUCUGGAGCGCAUGGGAGAUGCGUUUUAUUGCGAUGAGGGCAUGCGAGCCUUUUUCCUCCUCAACAACUGUGCUUACAUGCUGCACAAGGUGGCGGAGCAUGACGAACCGCGCGUGACGGAGGUUCUUGGGCAGGCUUGGUUGAACGAGGUUGCAAAGGAGCUGUUGAGACAUCGAGACACGUACACUCAGUGCAUCAGGGACAAGGUGGCGCCAGUGCUGUGGGGUCAUCAAGGCAACGCUCAAGCCUUCACCAAGCAGCUUGCGGCGUUUCACACCCUUCUGGAUGCCAUUCAGGGGCAACAGAGCACGUGGAGCAUUGGGAAUGCCGAUGCGCGGGCAAGCGUGCGAGACGCGGUGGUUUCGCAGGUGCUUCAGAAAUACAGGGACUUUUUGGACCAGCACAGGUGGGUGGAGUGUAAGCAGGUGGGGAGAAAGGUGGGUGGGGUGGAAGCAGGUGGGGAGAAAGGUGGGGAGAAAGGUGGGUGGGGUGGAAGCAGGUGGGGAGAAAGGUGGGGAGAAAGGUGGGUGGGGUGGAAGCAGGUGGGGAGAAAGGUGGGGAGAAAGGUGGGUGGGGUGGAAGCAGGUGGGGAGAAAGGUGGGUGGGGUGGAGGCAGGUGGGGAGAACGAGGUGAGUUUCGGUUUGACUUAGGAGGUGGUUUCUCAAAUGCUUCAGCAAUACAGGGGCUUUUUGGACCGACACAGGUGGGUGGAAUGGAAGCAGGUGGGGAGAACGAGGUGGGUGGAAUGGAAGCAGGUGGGGAGAUAGGUGGGUGGGGUGGAAGCAGGUGGGGAGAUAGGUGGGUGGAAUGGAAGCAGGUGGGGAGAAAGGUGGGUGGGGUGGAAGCAGGUGGGGAGAUAGGUGGGUGGGGUGGAAGCAGGUGGGGAGAUAGGUGGGUGGGGUGGAAGCAGGUGGGGAGAAAGGUGGGGAGAAAGGUGGGUGGGGUGGAGGCAGGUGGGGAGAACGAGGUGGGUGGAAUGGAAGCAGGUGGGGAGAAAGGUGGGUGGGGUGGAAGCAGGUGGGGAGAUAGGUGGGUGGGGUGGAGGCAGGUGGGGAGAACGAGGUGGGUGGAAUGGAAGCAGGUGGGGAGAAAGGUGGGUGGGGUGGAGGCAGGUGGGGAGAAAGGUGGGUGGUAUGGAGGUAGAUGGGGAGAAAGGUGGGUGAUGGGGAGAAAGGUGGGUGGUAUGGAGGUAGAUGGGGAGAAAGGUGGGUGGUAUGGAGGUAGGUGGGAAGAAAGAGGUAAGAAAGAGGUGAUUAUUGAGGUAGGUGGGAAGAAAGAGGUGAUUAUUGAGGUAGGUGGGAAGAAAGAGGUGAUUAUUGAGGUAGGUGGGAAGAAAGAGGUGAUUAUUGAGUUGGCUCAGAAACGGCUUCCCAGCUGCUAA